CACAGCCAAUGGAAUGUGGAAAUCAGGAGAAGGAUUCUAGAACUCAGUGUUCUAAAGCAAAUUUAGGUUCAAUUAUAGCUGCUUGUUCUCAUCUUUGAGGCUGAAACUGUUUGAGACGUGGCAAUUACCGACUGCAAGGAAAUUAUUCUCCACUGAACACUUGCAAUGAGAAUCACUGCCAAAAUGCUGCUGAUGGAAAGAGUAUUAAAUAGACUCCACUGUUGUGACUCCAAUUAUCCUCAGAACAGACCCACAGGGAUUUUUCUUCUACUGGACAGAUCAAAAUAAGGGAGAAGUUGUUGACUUGCACUUACAAGUUUAAUUGCCUCUGAGAGAGGAGUUGUAGCUCUCUUUUCUUGCCAAGAUGGCUUUUUGCAUGUGCUUUAUAAACCAGAAGCUGAGUAACCCAGCUGGAGAUGCAGUGAAUUCCUCAGGAGCGUCUGUGCCACAGGGGAGGAGGCUCGAGGAGACUGAGCUGCUGGAUAUAAGCCUUGUCAAAGAUGCCAGAUGUGGAAAACAUGCCAGAGCUCCCAAGGACCCGAAGCUGCGUGAGCUGCUGGAUGCUGGGAACGCAGGAGGUCGGCUGGAAAAUCGGAUGAUCACUGUUGUGUAUGGCCCAGACCUGGUCAAUAUAUCCUACUUGAACCUGGUGGCAUUCCAAGACGACAUAGCAAAGGAAUGGUCAGAUGAAGUGUUCAGUUUGGCAACAAAUCUGUUGGCACAGAAUAUGUCAAGGGACGCAUUUCUGGAGAAAGCAUACACAAAACUCAAGCUGCAGGUGACUCCAGAGGGGCGCAUUCCUCUAAAGAACAUAUACCGCUUGUUCUCCUCGGACAGAAAACGGGUAGAGACCGCGCUGGAAGCUUGCAACCUUCCCUCUUCCAGGAAUGAUUCAAUCCCUCAAGACGACUUCACGCCAGAAGUGUACAGAGUGUUCUUAAACAACCUCUGCCCUCGGCCUGAGAUCGACCACAUCUUUUCUGAGUUUGGUGCCAAGAGCAAACCCUACCUUACUGUUGAUCAGAUGAUGGACUUCAUAAAUUUGAAGCAACGGGAUCCACGAUUAAAUGAGAUCCUUUAUCCACCACUCAAACAAGAACAAGUUCAAGUGCUGAUUGAGAAGUAUGAACCUAACAGCAACCUAGCAAAGAAAGGACAGAUAUCGGUGGAUGGAUUUAUGCGGUAUCUGAGUGGAGAAGAGAACGGCGUUGUUCCACCUGAGAAACUGGAUUUAAAUGAAGACAUGUCUCAACCACUGUCACACUAUUUCAUCAACUCCUCACACAACACCUACCUCACAGCUGGACAGCUGGCUGGCAACUCCUCGGUGGAGAUGUACCGGCAGGUGCUCCUGUCGGGCUGCCGCUGCGUAGAGCUGGACUGCUGGAAGGGACGGACAGCAGAGGAGGAGCCAGUCAUCACACAUGGAUUCACCAUGACAACUGAGAUAUCCUUCAAGGAAGUAAUAGAAGCUAUUGCUGAAUGUGCAUUUAAGACAUCGCCCUUUCCGAUCCUCCUUUCCUUUGAAAAUCAUGUGGAUUCCCCUAAACAGCAGGCAAAAAUGGCAGAGUACUGCAGAUUAAUAUUUGGAGAUGCACUGCUUAUGGAGCCAUUGGAAAAGUACCCGCUGGAAGCUGGGGUUCCUCUCCCAAGCCCUAUGGAUUUAAUGUACAAAAUCCUGGUGAAGAAUAAGAAGAAGUCUCAUAAGUCAGCAGACGGGAGUGCAAAGAAGAAGCUGUCAGAGCAAGCUUCCAACACUUGCAGUGACACGUCCAGUAUGUUUGAGCCUUCCUCCCCUGGAGCAGGAGAAGCAGAGAUGGAGAGCGACGAUGAUGAUGACUAUGAUGACGACUGUAAGAAGUCGUCGAUGGAUGAAGGUACUGCUGGAAGUGAGGCUAUGGCCACGGAAGAGAUGUCUAACCUGGUAAACUACAUUCAGCCUGUGAAGUUUGAGUCAUUUGAAGUAUCAAAAAAACGCAACAAAAGCUUUGAAAUGUCUUCCUUUGUGGAAACCAAAGGGCUUGAGCAACUUACAAAGUCUCCUGUGGAAUUUGUGGAAUACAACAAAAUGCAGCUGAGCCGGAUUUACCCAAAGGGAACACGAGUAGACUCUUCCAACUACAUGCCACAAGUCUUUUGGAAUGCUGGCUGCCAGAUGGUUGCCCUCAACUUCCAAACCGUAGAUUUGUCUAUGCAAAUAAACAUGGGAAUGUACGAGUACAAUGGCAAAAGUGGCUACAGGUUAAAGCCAGAAUUCAUGAGAAGGCCAGACAAGCACUUUGAUCCAUUUACUGAGGGAAUAGUGGAUGGAAUAGUGGCCAACACUCUGUCUGUCAAGAUCAUUUCAGGUCAGUUCCUUUCUGACAAAAAAGUCGGUACCUAUGUGGAAGUGGACAUGUUUGGCCUGCCUGUGGACACCAGGAGAAAAGCUCUGAAGACCAAGACCUCUCAAGGCAAUGCAGUGAAUCCAGUCUGGGAAGAGGAAGCCAUAGUGUUUAAGAAGGUGGUUUUGCCUUCCCUGGCCUGUUUAAGGUUAGCAGUGUAUGAAGAAGGAGGGAAAUUCAUUGGCCAUCGGAUAUUGCCAGUCUCAGCAAUCCGACCAGGCUAUCACUACAUCUGCUUGAGGAAUGAGAGGAACCAGCCUCUGACACUACCAGCUCUCUUUGUGUACAUCGAGGUCAAAGACUACGUCCCUGACACUUACGCAGAUGUGAUUGAGGCCUUAUCCAACCCAAUCAGAUACGUAAACUUGAUGGAGCAGAGAGCUAAGCAGCUGGCUGCACUGACUCUGGAAGAUGAGGAAGAGGUCAAGAAAGAGAUUGACCACGGGGAUGCACCGUCUGAAGCUAACAAUGAACCUAGGCCGACACCAGCAGAAAAUGGGGUAAAUUUCACUGCCUCCCUCACACCAAAACCAGCAACUCAGGUUGUCCACAGCCAGCCAGCACCAGGUUCUGUGAAAGCGCCUGCAAAGACAGAAGAUCUUAUCCAGAGUGUCCUCACAGAAGUGGAAGCACAGACCAUUGAGGAGCUAAAACAGCAGAAGUCCUUUGUUAAACUUCAGAAGAAGCACUACAAGGAGAUGAAGGACCUGGUGAAGAGGCAUCACAAGAAAACCACCGACCUUAUCAAAGAGCACACAGCAAAGUACAACGAGAUCCAGAACGACUACCUGCGGAGGAGAGCAGUGCUGGAGAAAACUGCCAAAAGGGACAGCAAGAAAAGGUCUGAGACGAGCAGCCCUGACCACAGCUCUUCCACCAUUGAGCAGGAGCUGGCUGCACUCGACUCCGAGAUGACCCAGAAGCUGGUGGAGCUGAAGGAGAAGCAGCAGCAGCAGCUGCUGAACCUCAGGCAGGAGCAGUACUACAGUGAGAAGUACCAGAAACGGGAGCACAUCAAGCUGCUAAUUCAGAAACUGACAGAUGUAGCGGAGGAGUGUCAGAACAACCAGCUAAAGAAACUGAAAGAAACAUGUGAAAAAGAAAAGAAAGAACUGAAGAAAAAAAUGGAUAAGAAGAGGCAGGAGAAGAUCACAGAAGCAAAGUCCAAGGAUAAAAAUCAAAUGGAAGAGGAGAAGACGGAAAUGAUCCGGUCCUACAUCCAGGAGGUGGUGCAGUAUAUAAAGAGGCUAGAAGAUGCUCAGAGUAAAAGGCAGGAGAAACUUGUAGAAAAACACAAGGAGAUUCGCCAGCAAAUACUGGAUGAAAAGCCUAAGUUGCAGGUGGAACUUGAUCAGGAAUAUCAAGACAAAUUCAAAAGACUGCCUUUGGAAAUUCUGGAGUUCGUACAGGAAGCCAUGAAAGGGAAAAUCAGUGAGGAUGGAGACCACAGUUCUGCCCCCACUUCCCUGGCAUCUGACAGUGGAAAAUCAAAUCAUAAACCUCCACAAAGUGAGGAGGAAUUGGAAGAAGAUAACCAAGAAAAAGUGUUUGAUACUACUUUUUAACGUCCCAAGAAACAAUCAGUGCAGCAGGGCACACCAUUCCCAACUGCCCGUCUCCGCUCUCCCGGGGUGAGCUGCUGCCGGAGCGCUUCGGGAGGCAGGAGUAAUCUGCAUUCAAGUGCACAUUUCCCCAAAGGAACAUUUUAUAAAAAGUAUUCUGCAAAGGUCUUCAUUCUCAUUCUUCAUCUGAUUAUUGUUCUAAAGCUUAGUGCAGUUGUAAUGGGAAAAUUAAUAUGUUAACCUCCCUCUUAUCUUUUUUUUUUGUUGUUGUUGUUGGGACAGUUUGCAAUGGGUAAUUUUCUGGCCAUGUUCACUGUUGAGAAUGUUUAAUGAAGACCAGUGUAUUGUACAGAGAAAAGUGUGUGCAGAUUUCCUUUUGGACUGCCAGAGCAAAGUGCUCCAAACUAAUAGAGAUCCUGGCGAAUAUUACAACAGUAUUUAAUCACAUUUGUUUCCUUCUUUAUAACUGCACCUUGACAGCUGUAUACCAUCCUUUUACAUUUGCACUGAAACCUUGGAUCCUUUUUAACUCUGCAAGCACUGGUGGCUUGCUGUCUUGAUAUUAUGUUUAUCCCAUGAAGAGACAUAUAUUUGCUGCUGAAAAUUCUUGGAACUGUGAGGACGAGAGGAAAAUGGAGAGAAGAAUCCGCGUGGAGACUGUCGGUGUCUGUGUCCGUCUGUGUUUAUUAAACCGUGUGAGUGCAUAUAUGUUUUUAUAUAUAUAUAUAGAUAUAUAUAUAGAUAUAUAGAUAUAUAUAUAUAUAUAGCUAUAUGUGCACACACAUCUGUCUAUAUACACACACAGCAUGUUUCUAUUUGAAGUUGAUGUGGUCUCUUGGCCAAAUGAAAUGUUUCAGGGAUCCGUGAGUAGGGAGAAUCUUUCCAAGAGCUAACAUCUGGGUUAUACUGCUAUAGAAUAAUCAUGGAAUCAUAGAAUUCUUUUUGUGGUGUUAGUGGUGUAAAUCAGAGUAGUUUUAGAAUAUAAAUUUGAUAUAUAUUUUGCAGACUCAAAAGUAUUGAUUUUAAGUAUCAUAUUUUAAGCUUACUGAAUUUGAGAGGAUUAUAAAAUGUUUAGGACUACAGUGUUUGAAAUGUAACAGAAUCUUCCAUUAUUUUUAAGACUGAGGUACAGUUUUACUAAGGUCUAAAAUUUAAAAGCAAAGUAUAAAAACCUGACCACUGUUAUUUAAAAAUGCAUAUUAAUCUGUUUAACUGACUUGUUAAAAUAAGAACAAUCAAAGUUAGCGUACUGUAUGAUAUGCAUGAGAGAACUAACAGCACAUUCCGGGAAAUUUCUAUCAGAUGACAGAGACACAUUGUGAAAGUCAGGAUAUUUGAAAAGGUAAAGAAAUGCUGUUCUCUAGAUUCACACCCUAGCAGAAAUUGGAAUCAUGAAACACCUCAGACAAAUUGGGAUUCGUACCUGGGCCAGUGCGCGAUCCUUCCCCCCCACCCUCCCCCCACCCUCUCCCCCCCCCACCCCGCCGUUGGAGGUGCCUUGGGGCAAGGGAGAAAUCAGCUCAGAAGCCCCAGAUUGGCCUCAAGACACUUGAUCCUGCAGAGUUGUGUUCUCCUGCACCACUGGGCUCAGGAGCUGGGCUGGAAAUAACAUUCACAUUCAUGUUUGCAAGAUCAGGGCCUUACAUAGGGUUAAACGGCAAUCAGAGAAAGCAAUCAGUUAAUAGGGAGGAUUUUAACACAUCGUAACAGUUAAGUUACCUUACUUCCAUUCCCUCAGGAUUUUAGUACUUAAAGUAACUUAUUUUAUUUAAAUUUAAGCAAUAAAAUACAAAUCAAUCUUAAGUUUUCAGUUAAAUAAUGGUGUGUAUAUAUAUAAGUUCAAAUCUUGGAAAACAAACAGUAUUUUGAUGUUUCCUUUUUAAACUUAGAGCAGAAAGAAAGAAAAAUUGCACAUUGUUUGAAGAUCAUAUUUUGAAUUAAACUGUUCUGGUUUAUGAUGAUGAAAUCAGUGCACAUGAAAUUCAAAAAUCUGACUUUCAUCUUAACGCUAGGAAAGGUGACUCCUCUGCUAAUCCUAGUUUUGCACUUUGAAAUCAAUAUUAAUCACUCAUUAAAAAUAUAGAGUCAAGGUUUAAUGCUGCAUUUUAUAAAGUUAAAAUGGCGUGUUGUCUAAAUUAUUACAGAAAUAAACUGAUAGCAGUGUUCAUACUAAAACCGAAACUAUUGCAUUAUAGAACCGUUGUACAGCACAGGCUUUUUGGGAAACUCCUGGCUCCUCUGAACUUCAGUGCGACGUUCCCAUGGACUUCAGGGGAGCCAGGACUUCCACAGUCUUCGAAGAAACUUGGGCAAAUGCCAGUUAACCUUUUAUUUAUAUUUAAUAAGAAAUAAAUAGACUGGUUGGGUUAAAUAUACUAUCAGCUGUAGUCAUUUUACAGUAUGUUUGUAUUUGACCAUUUCCUGUACUCACAUUUUUUUAUAUCUGUACAGUGCCACUUUCUGCAGGUGUAAGGUAGUGUGUAAUCCUGUACAUCUUGCAUCAUUCAAACUAUUUCAGUGAAACCGGUAUCAUUUAAUAUUGAUAUUACUUGAACUAGAGUAAGAUAAUGAAAAAGGGUCUUUAUGAUGUGCAAGUCGUGUGCCUUUUAUGUAUUUGCCUUGUUCCGUGUUGAAUGUGUGGAAAUGCUGUACUGUGGACUUUCUGCUGUAUAGAAUAGAGCUGUCUAUUAAACUAGGUUGUGCACUUCAGAUAUCUUUACACUACUGAAAAUAGCUUGGUUUUGGCAGUAUAAACAGAAUUUUUAAAAUUCUAAUGAAGGCCAGACAUUUUAGACUUAAUAUGUUCAUAAUUAUGUUAAUUAAUGCUCAUGUAUUAGCUAAACAUUCACUGACAGAUAAGUAAAGGGACAUCAUUGCUUGCCUUUCUUUGAAAUCAGUGUUGCUCUUGUACAUUGUAUUAAUAGUGUCUGUGAUUGAUUAGUCCUUGAUGAUUUGCUUUCGGAGUAGGAUGAAAUAUUCCAGUUAAUAUGUACAUAUUUUUUCGGUUCCUCAAUCUAUGAUUGUUUCAGAGGCAUAAUUCACAUUUUUGUAAAAAUUCUAUGCAAUUUUGUGGCAUGAUGUUUCUUCCACUUGUAAUUUUAUGUGCUUACAUUACAGAUCCAAAGGACAAAUAAAAAUUUCUUAACACAA